CACACAGCCCGCCGGUCGCCAUUAAAGCAAUCGCACUAACUAAAACGUAAAAAAUUGUACACUAUGGAGAAUGGCCUGGAGAAUUUCGACACGGAAAGGUUUAUUGAGGAAAUAAAAAACAGACCGCCGAUAUGGGACACUAAUUCGGACGGAUACUCGAAUCGUGAAUUGAAAAAGCAAUCCUGGGCUGAAGUUAUUCGGAUAUUUGGCGGAGAGGACCUGUCACCGACCAAGCGGAGAUUUAUGCAAAUCACAUUGCAAAGAAAAUGGAAAGGUAUUCGCGGUUGCUUCACCCGGGAACUGAGAAGACAAGGAAACGUAAAAGCCGGUAUUGAUCCCGGAGUAAGAAAAUCUGAAUACACACAUUUCCAACAAAUGCAAUUCUUGCGUAACGUGGUCACAAGGCGGCCGGGAAAUAACGAACAUUUAUAUUAUGAAGAACCGACAACUCCUCCAGCGAUUAUCAAGCAGGAAAAUUCUAAUGAUGGUGACAAUAGUUCUAGUAAGCUCGAUGAUGACGAUCAUGAAGAUUAUUGUCAACUGGAAGACGCUCAAAGUGAUUUUAGUAAACUAGAGGAAAUAAACGUAGAAUUCGAUAGAACUGAUCCGCUUAGGGACGUUGAACGUCUUAAAGCAAAGAAACCAAGAUACGAUAGCAUGACCGAUGAUGAUGAUUUAUUGUUCCUAUUAUCGAUGUUGAAAACUUUGAAAAGGGUACCUGUUAAAAAGAAAAUGGCAACCAAAAUGAACAUCAUGGCUGUACUGGAUGAAGCUACGAAAGAUGUUGAAGUUUAAA